AGCCUUGUUCUUCAGACUACUAUUUCCCUCUUAAACCAAGUCUCUCAUUCUUCAAAGUUGUAGCUUUUUUUAAUUCAUUGCAGCAAAAUGGAACAUUUUGCACUUAAUUUCUUCAUAAUAUUAUCUCUAGCCACAGUGAAAUGUACUUAUGCACAGUGGACUAGUGCUCAUGCUACCUUCUAUGGAGGUGGUGAUGCUUCCGGUACAAUGGGAGGAGCUUGUGGGUAUGGAAAUCUGUAUAGUCAAGGUUAUGGGACAAACACAGCUGCUCUGAGCACUGCCCUGUUCAACAAUGGCAUGACCUGUGGAGCUUGUUUUGAAAUCAAAUGCGUAAAUGCCGGCAAGUGGUGCCUCUCAGGAUCCAUUGUUGUCACUGCGACUAAUUUCUGUCCUCCAAACAGUGCGCUUCCUAACAAUAAUGGAGGGUGGUGUAAUCCUCCAUUGCAGCAUUUUGAUCUCUCCCAGCCCAUCUUUCAGCGCAUUGCUCAGUAUAAAGCCGGAAUUGUCCCUGUUCAAUACAGAAGGGUUGCCUGCAGAAAGAGUGGUGGAAUACGAUUCACUAUUAACGGGCACUCAUACUUCAACCUGGUGCUGAUAACUAAUGUUGGCGGUGCUGGUGAUGUUGUUUCCGUGUCUGUCAAAGGCUCGAGGAGUAACAACUGGCAACAAUUGUCGCGCAACUGGGGCCAAAAUUGGCAGAGCAACUCGUACCUUAAUGGUCAGGCCCUCUCUUUCAAUGUCAAAACAAGCGAUGGACGCUCUGUUAUCUCUAACAAUGUGGCUCCUUCUAAUUGGGGUUUUGGUCAGACCUUCACCGGCAAACAAUUCUAAUUGUACAACAUUUCACUGCAGAACUAACUGAAGCAUCGAACCCCUAGUCUUGACUACUUACCACUUCCUUUUAACUGAUUAUAAGUCUUACAUUUGCAAUAUAAUGAGCCUGCUGCUACAAGCGGAGCCAAUGGGGCUAAUCUAAUGUAUCAUCACCGAUGAUCAUAUGUUUGAGAGGGUGGUUUUUGACCCUGCUCAAAUGAUUUAGUCCGUUUUUUUUUCCUACGAGUGUUGUUUGUUGAGCCCUAUAUAAGAGGUUCAUAUACACACACCAUCAAAGGUCUGGUGUGAUGUCUUGUACUUUUCUUAAGUAGUAGACUUCCAAGUUAUUGAGGCUGAGGAAGAGGUAUUAUAAACUUAAUCUUGAUUGUUCUCUCUGUAAUAUUUCCAAGUUGAAGUGAGGAAUGAAACUUGCGAAAGUUGUUUCUUUAA